AUGGGUCAUAGAUUUGGUGGCAUCAUCGAGGAAGUUGGCGACGGUGUAACCCACCUUUCUCGGGGCCAGCGUGCCGUCGUCCUGCCUGCUACGACGGGACGGGAGGGCAUGUCCAAAAAGAUCGUCGCACCAUUUAGCCACUUCUACUCUACUCCCAGGACAAUAUCCCUCGAAGCUGCAGCUCUCAUUGAAUCACUUGCCGUCGCCUGGCACGCAGUCAGCUUGUCACCGUUCAAAUCAGGCGAUAUUGUUCUGCUCGUCGGAGGAAGGCCUAUUGGGCUCAACGUCGUGCAGGUCCUCAAGCUUCAAGGAGCGGAGCACACUAUAUUAUCUGAACUAAUGGAUAACCGCCAAAGCCUCUGGAGAAAAUCUAGCGCAACGUACAUUUUAGAUCCACGAGAGGACGAGGUCGCGCAAGACGUGCGUGAGAUCACGGGUGGUGUUGGUGUAGACAUUUUCUCAACGCUGCGGGCGUGGAAAAGGCAUUGA